AUGAAUGAACAUAAUUGCUAUGGGGGUUAUAUUGCAAAUGUAUUUCAGUUUACUGCAAAAGGAGAAGGAGCCGCAAGGGAAGAGAUGCGUGAGUUCAACUGUAUGCUCCCUCCUCCGGCGAUUGGGAAUCUAAUGACAUACCGAGUCAGUUCUUGGUCCCAUCUGUUGGUUGUUUUUUUUUUUAAUUUAUGGGAUUGCAAAGGAAAGGAAAUCUACUAUGGCUCCUACAAAGAAAGAAGGGAGAGGAAUACUUUUGAAGACUCCUGCUACUGUGUGGAAUAUGCUCAUAAAGAGUUGGUUACGCGAUGUAAAAUGAGUAACGGGAUGGAAGUGGGAGAUCUUGGCUACGCACUUGUCUCGUUGGCCACUGUGUUCAUGUUUGUUGGUGUCCAAGAGAACUUUCAGCAUAGAGUUCGUGCUACUCCACAUCUAACCCAUCUCCUCACGAACUUUGUCAUCCCCAUACUAGAGCCAGGAAUUGGUGGAGGUUCAUCAUCGUAA